AUGUCUCAGGACAACACCACCAAGAACUCGGCCAGCAGUGGCGGCUUCUUCAAGGGAUUCGAGACGUGGAAGUCGCCCGAACCCAAGGAUGUCGCCCCGGCCUUGAAGGUUGGAUUCUUCGCUCCUUCAAGCCCCCAGCUCUCACUGCCGGACGGCAGGCCAACCAUUGUUGUCUUCCUCCGCCACGCUGGCUGUCCCUUUGCUGAGAAGACAUUCAAGAACCUGGCCGCCUUGUCGGACAAGCGUAAAGACGUCCACUGCGUCGCCGUGUCCCACUCAUCUGCAGCCGCAACUGAUUCCUGGCUCCCCCAGAUUGGCGGCUCGUGGCUCGUGGACGUCAUCAUCGAUGAAGAGCGUGACCUCUAUGCCCAAUGGGGCCUCGGAAUCUCCACGACCUGGCAUGUUGCCAACCCAGCCACCCUGUGGUCGGCCUUGUGCCUUGCCAAGGACGAGGACAUCUGGAACCGCAACACCACCAGCGGCUCGCGAUGGCAGAUGAGUGGCGCCUUUGCUGUAGACCAAGGUGGCAUGAUACGCUGGGUACAUGUGGGUCGCACUGCAGAUGACUUGCCAGACUUCAAGGUGGCCGUUGAAUCUCUCACCCCACAGCCAUCGUCGCCAUGA